CUUAGUGUCCCCUUGGCGAGCCCCCAAUAUUUAGACUCGAUUGUUGUCGUCGUUGCCAAUGGAAGGCGGGCCCCCAAACCACGUGACGUAAGGUGGGAUUUUAACACAGGUGAAUUGAUCGGGUGUACAAACUCUACGUCACGAUUUUCAUACAGGAGAAAUUGAUCCGGUGUUUUUAGAAAAAGUCAAACAACGACAGUGUGAAAAUGGGAGAGGAAGACGAACCUAAAAAAUAUGGUGAAGCUAGAAAACAUGACGCGAAAUUUAAAGGACCUUUGAAAAAUAGAUCAUGUACAGACAUCAUCUGCUGUGUAUUGUUCCUCGUUUGUAUUGUAGUGAUGGGUGCCUGCUCUAUCAUUGGUUAUGCAAGAGGAAAUCCUGCCAAGCUUGUAUUCCCUACAGACUCUGCUGGCAGUAUCUGUGGCUAUGACACAAGUGUGAAGUCUAAGCCGAACCUGAUGUAUUUUGACUUACUACAGUGUUCAAAGGUGCAGUCCAUCUUUCUUGGCUGUCCUACUCCACAGGUCUGUGUGGAGAAAUGUACCACUGACUACUACGUUUACCUGGAGUCUAUAGCCAAGGAGACUCUUAAUGGAGGCCAAGACAAUACUGAGCGGGCUAAACUGCUUUGUACAUAUGAUGUGGACCCCACAGCAGGCACAAAAACUAUCCAAGAGCUGAUAUCAGAUGAAGAUUGUGCAGCAUACUAUCUCCCCAACACCGCAAUUGUUGGUCGCUGUGUGCCAUCCAUUUUCUUUACUGUUGUUGACAAGUCAAAAGAACUGGUGACAUCAGGAAACUUCAACAUCACCACAGCUGGAGGAACGGAGGUCACCGGGAGCCUCGUUGAAUCUGCCAGCGAGUAUCUAGCUACAUUUUUAUCUGCGACCCAGGUUGUGGAACUGGUGUUCAAGGACAUCGUGACAGCUUGGUAUCUCAUGCUUAUCUUCUUGGGGAUAGCCAUGAUUGUCUGCUUCAUCUGGAUUGUUCUUCUCCGAUGGUUUGCUGGCAUCCUCGUCUGGGUCAGCAUCGUUGCAGUUCUGGCUCUCAUGGGAUUUGGCUGUUACUACAGCUACUCCCAGUACUAUGAGUUGAAGAACCAGAACGUUACAGCAGAGUUUGGGGUUUCGGAACUUUUCACCCUCAACUUUAGUUAUUACCUCGGUCUAAAGGAGACCUGGUUGGCAUUUGGCUGCACAACAGCGACCUUCCUUGCCAUAUUUCUCCUCAUCCUCAUCUUCUUGGUGUCAAGAAUUUGCAUUGCCAUCGAGCUUAUCAAAGAGGGUAGUAGGGCAAUCGGUAACAUGAUCUUUACCCUCUUCUGGCCGAUCAUCCCGUUUGUCCUACAGGUGAUCGUAGUGGCCUACAUGGGCGCCAGUGCUAUUUACAUAGCGUCUAUAGGAGGACCUGAGUACUACUCCAAUGGUACAGAUGUCGCAAACAGCAUCAACUCUGUCUUGGACAGAGUGCCUUGUACACCUGAUAAUUCUACUGUGGGGUCUUUCUGUGACUUUGUCAGAUAUGGAGGGACAGACUAUAUCAUCACAAUGGAGGUUUUUAUGUUGUUCAUGUUUUUCUGGUUGAUGAACUUUGUCGUUGCCCUUGGUCAAAUGACUUUAGCGGGAGCCUUUGCCUCUUACUACUGGGCAUUCGAAAAGCCUAAGGAUAUCCCAGCAUUCCCUCUGAUGUCAGGACUUCACAGAUCUCUCAGGUAUCAUCUUGGAACACUAGCCUUUGGGUCGCUCAUCAUUGCUAUCAUACAAAUGAUUCGGGUGGCGCUGGAGUACCUGGACAGUAAACUGAAAGGUGCAGAAAACAAGGUGGCCAAGUUUAUGGUUAAGUGCUUGAAGUGCUUUUUCGCUUGUGUAGAAAGAUUGAUCAAAUUCCUCAACAGAAAUGCUUACAUAAUGACAGCAGUUUAUGGGAAAAAUUUCUGCACAGCUGCUAAAGAUGCGUUCUUCUUAAUCAUGAGGAAUGUUGUGAGAGCGGUGGUGUUAGAUAAGGUCACAGACUAUGUGCUGUUCCUUAGCAAGCUCAUGGUGACCGCUGCAAUUGGAGUUGGAGCCUAUUUCUGGUUCCAGGGCAAAGUGAGCCUCUUCAGCGAGUUCAUCCCUCUUCUUAAUUACUACCUCACCCCCGUUAUCGUCGUUAUCCUAGGAACCUAUCUGAUUACCUGCUCUUUCUUCAGUGUGUAUACGAUGGCUGUCGACACACUGUUCCUGUGUUUCUUGGAGGAUCUAGAAAUGCAUGAUGGAAGCCCUGAGAAGCCUUAUUACAUGAGCAAAGGAUUAAUGAAGAUUUUGGGGAAGAAAAACAAAAAGGAGAAAGUAGUCGAUAAAGUGGAAUCAAAAGAAGAUGACUAAUUAGUUGCAUAGUUUUACUCAAUAACUAUAAACUGAAUUAUUCAUCAUUUAAUAGCUCAACUCAUCCACUUUAUUAUCAUAAUUAAAGACAUUUCUUACAUAUAAUCAAUUAUUUUGAUAUAAUGUAUUAGAAGUUAUCUAGUUUUUGAUGUUGUGAAAGAAAAUACUAUCAAUGAAAUUUCGAAUUUAUUUGGAAAUUUAUUCUAAUUUUUUGUAAUCACAUGUUAAUCCAAGGAGAUAAGAUAUUUUCAAAAAGUUUUGUAUUAUUUUCAUUCGUUUUAUUUUUAC